AUGAAGGCCGUCGUCCUCACCCUGCUGGCCAUCAGCUUGGCUCUGCAGCCAAGCAGCGCGCUGCAGUGCUACUCCUGCCAUGCACAGGUGAGCAACGAGGACUGCCUGAACGUGACGAAAUGCGCCCGCUCCGACACCUACUGCUGGACCGAGCGCAUCCGUGCUGUUGGCUUCCUGACCAUCCUUAGCAAGGGCUGCAGCAAGAAGUGCAUGGAGGACUCAGAGAACUACUUCUUGGCCAAGAAGAACAUCACAUGUUGCUCCACUGACCUGUGCAAUUUCAGUGGGGCCCAUGCCCUGCAGCCAGCUCUUGUCACCGUGGUGCUGCUCCCUGCUCUCGGGGGCCUGCUGCUCUGGGGUCUGAGCCAGGUGUAG